GGCAGACCUGUGGGGGAAAAACAAGAGCCUCUCUGGAAUGUUGAUCCAUUCUUUUUGUAAAAAAACUCUCUAUUCGUUCAGAUUUGAAGGGGAAAAUUUUGUCUCAGAUGCCAUAGCCUAGCCGGGGUGAGGUACCCAGGACAUCUUGAAAUAGCCCUUAAAGAAGCAACAGAGGAUGCGUUGAUGGCUUAGACCACUUUUCUUAACUCACGUCUUUAGUCCAAAGUUUGCAGAGGGCCAGCUGAACCUGGAAAACGCGCGGGUUGAGGGGUGGUCCCUGUCGGUGAGCGCGCCCACAGGGAUCGUGGAGGGUUGGACAGCCAGGGUUCGUUUUAGUGAGAGGGUGGGAAAGAAGGAAACGAGGAAAAGGCAAGUGGCAACAGCUCAAGUCAAAAUCAAAGAAUCAAAUCCUGUGCUUCAAAUUAAAUACGUCCAUGGUACAGAGCGUCUGCUUGAGAGGCUUACAUGGGGUCCAGAGUUUCCUUGUGUGCAUCUCAGAGUCGGAAGGGUUGUAGUCUACAGGAUCUUCACACAUCGAAUCUGAACAGAAACCAACUUUAAACUGAUCAUCACACGUGAGCAUCCUUACCUCGGAGCAGACGGUGAUAAGAUUUGAUGGAGAACACCUGCUUUUCUUGGUCAUCUGCUAGAGAAAAAUCUGUUUCCUCUUGCCGUUGGAUUUGCAGCUCAUCAGAAGGGGCUGUCAGAUUUCUCCUUCUUCCCCCAACCAAGAUGUGGGAGAGUGACGCGUCUGCACGAAGAAAAGGACAACGUGGAGACCUGGGAAAGUGGGACCAUAGCACGCACUAUGGAUCGACAGAGAUUUGAGCUGGAAAACUAUUGGCCUAUAGCAAGGAUGCUAAAAGCAAUAAUAACGGUUUGAAGUGAAAACUCACAAAUAGCAGCACCCCUAGAACAGUCGCCGCCCCAGAAGUCACCUGGAUGCCCAAAGGGCAUUAGAAAGCAUGAGCUAUUACGGCAGCAGCUACCCGAUCGUGAACGUGGACCCCAAAUACCCAGGCUACCCCCAGGAGCACCUUCUAGCCGAGAAGCGAAGAGCAAGGAGACGUCUCCUUCAUAAAGACGGCAGCUGUAACGUGUACUUCAAGCACAUUUUUGGAGAAUGGGGCAGCUACGUGGUGGACAUCUUCACCACCCUCGUAGACACCAAGUGGCGCCAUAUGUUUGUGAUAUUCUCUUUAUCUUACAUUCUCUCCUGGUUGAUAUUUGGCUCUAUCUUUUGGCUGAUAGCCUUUCAUCACGGAGAUCUGUUGAAUGAUCCCGACAUCACGCCUUGUGUGGACAACGUCCAUUCCUUCACGGGGGCGUUUUUAUUCUCCCUGGAGACCCAAACCACCAUCGGUUAUGGUUACCGCUGUGUCACCGAGGAAUGUUCUGUGGCCGUGCUCAUGGUGAUCCUUCAGUCCAUCUUAAGCUGCAUUAUAAAUACCUUCAUCAUUGGGGCUGCCUUGGCCAAAAUGGCAACCGCCAGGAAGAGAGCCCAGACCAUUCGGUUCAGCUACUUUGCCCUCAUCGGCAUGAGAGAUGGGAAACUUUGCCUCAUGUGGCGCAUCGGUGAAUUCCGCCCCAACCACGUGGUAGAAGGCACGGUCAGGGCCCAGCUUCUCCGCUACACGGAAGACAGUGAAGGGCGGAUGACGAUGGCAUUUAAGGACCUAAAGUUAGUCAAUGACCAGAUCAUCCUUGUCACACCAGUAACCAUCGUUCAUGAAAUCGACCACGAGAGCCCUCUGUAUGCCCUUGACCGAAAAGCCGUGGCCAAAGAUAACUUCGAGAUUUUGGUGACAUUUAUCUAUACUGGCGACUCCACCGGGACUUCUCACCAAUCCAGGAGUUCCUACGUUCCCCGAGAAAUUCUCUGGGGCCAUAGGUUUAAUGAUGUCUUGGAAGUGAAGAGAAAGUAUUACAAAGUGAACUGCUUACAGUUCGAGGGAAGCGUGGAAGUCUAUGCUCCCUUUUGCAGCGCCAAGCAACUGGACUGGAAAGACCAGCAGAUCCACAACGUGGGAAAAGGCCCACCAGCCCAAGGACCCGGCGCAUCAGACACCAAGGUCAGAAGAAGGUCAUUUAGCGCAGUUGCCAUUGUCAGCAGCUGUGAAAACCCAGAGGAGACCACCACCCCUACCACGGAUGAGUGUAAGGAAGCACCUUAUCAGAAAGCUCUCCUGACUUUAAAUAGAAUCUCUGUAGAAUCCCAAAUGUAGUCCUGGGUUGUAAGUACGAGGGC